AUGCUCGCGGCGGGUCUCCUCGUGAUGGUGGCUCGUGGCCAGCCGGCAUCCAGCUGCGAGAUCGCGUUGUCCGCCUGCUACUUUUCCAUGGGCGGGCAAGGCUGGAAAAAGUACGUCGUGGGCGACGAGCUCGCGUCCUUUAAGCAGCAUGGCGGGCGGUCGUGGCUCAACCCGACCAUCCCGUGCUGCGAGAAGGAGUUUGUCUCGUGCGAAGAGGGCGAGAUCAGCCAGAUCGAGUGGGGAAGCAUCCGCGGCCUCCGAGGGACGCUGCCUGCGCAGCUCGGGCUCCUCACGUCCCUCAAAGAGAUCGACGUCGAGCGGACCGCCGUAUCGGGCACGCUGCCGGUCGCCCUCGCCUCUGCGGCCUCCGGGCUCCGACGGCUCAAGAUCAAGCAGACCAACAUCACGGGCACCCUCCCCCCCUCCCUCUUCCUCUCGGGCACACUCGAGGAGCUCUCGGCCAAGCAGGCAUGCGCGCUGCAGGUACUCGACCUGCGGCAGAGCCAGUUCUGCGCGGGCAGCGCCAGCUACGCCGCCGACAGGCCCUGCCCCACGGGCUGUGGCGCGCGGGCUACACCUGUUGUGCCGCCCGAAUCACAAGAGUCCACACCCCCGCUCACCCUCACUGUUGCGGCGCCGGAGCCGCCGAUGGCCGGGAGGAUGCUGGACGAGGGCUGGCGGCCGGGCGCGGCGGCAGAGGCAGAGGAGGAGGAGCAGCAGGAGCAUGGCGUUGGCAAGGGCGGGCGGCGGGGGCAGCACGGCGGCUUCCCCGGCCUGCUCGCCCGCUGGCACGGCUGGAACAAGGGGCCGGAGGGCGACGACCCGCUCGACCCUUGGGACCGCGGCAGGCAAAGUCUCAAGCUGCGCGACGGCGACCAGUGGCAGUGGUGA